CCUGCGGCCCGCCUUCCGGAAGGAAACCCUGGCGGCUAACUAUGGCGACGGUGGCGGAGCAGUGGGUGCUGGUGGAGAUGGUCCAGGCGCUCUACGAGGCUCCUGCUUAUCAUCUUAUUUUGGAAGGAAUUUUAAUACUCUGGAUAAUCAGACUUCUUUUCUCUAAAACUUACAAGUUACAAGAACGAUCUGAUUUUACAGUCAAGGAAAAGGAAGAAUUGAUUGAAGAGUGGCAACCAGAACCUCUUGUUCCUCCUGUCUCAAAAGACCAUCCUGCUCUCAACUACAACAUCGUUUCAGGCCCUCCAAGCCAUAACAUUGUGGUGAAUGGAAAAGAAUGUAUAAACUUUGCCUCAUUCAAUUUUCUUGGACUGUUGGAUAACCCUAGGCUCAAGGCAGCAGCUUUGGCAUCUCUAAAGAAGUGUGGUGUGGGAACUUGUGGACCUAGAGGAUUUUAGGGCACAUUUGAUGUGCACUUGGAUUUGGAAGACCGCCUGGCAAAAUUUAUGAAGACAGAAGAAGCCAUUAUAUACUCAUAUGGAUUUGCCACCAUAGCCAGUGCUAUUCCUGCUUACUCUAAGAGAGGGGACAUUGUGUUUGUAAAUAUAUAGUCACCCGGCCAAGUAGUUCUGCAGAACUAGUGAGACCUCCACUGGAAGGAUGCCUUAAGGUGUCGGUACUUUGUUAUCUGCCAUUAUGAUUUUAUUUAUUGAUGUUGAGAAGACCAAACUUAUGUAGGAGCGGACCAGCCCUCUGUUUUCCCUGUGCAGCUCUGUGACAGUGUGGUGUCCUUGUGAGUCCAUGGUCGUAGCCCACAUAGCCACUCAUACUACCUGAUAAAGUCACUCCACUUCUCAGUACCCUCGCUGCAACUCUUGGUCUCUGCUGAUCUUGCUUCAUGGCUUGUUAAGAAUAUAGAAGUCAUGAGUUGCAGACUUCCUUAACUUUCCAGGAACAAAUGACACACUUGCAUACAUGUGCACUAAAUGUAUGGUGUUGCUUUUUACUGUGGAGGGGAAGAGCAGAGAGGAGUAGAGUGAGGGCUGGCAUAGCCCAGGCAGCUGGUUAUACCCGUCAGGAGCACCUGCCACUAGCCCGAGCCUCUGUUAUCUUUUGAGUGGACAAUUAAAUGACUCUCUUCAUUUAGGUCUCAGAGUGACUUUUGUUUCCUCUUUUCCUUUUUGACACCAUAGCCAGACACUCCAUUUAAGAGCUUCCAUUGUUCCUAAAAUAAAUAUCCAAGUUCUUAUUAUGAUCUUGUACAUUCUAGACUACUGUUUUAGGCCCAUUUUCUACCAUUUCCCCUUAGGUGGUCAUGCUGUGUAGCCUUACCAGCCUUAUAUGCUAGUUUCCCCUCAAGGCCUUUGCACGUGCUAAGACCCUAAGUCCCUACGCCUA